AUGGCCCAGCAGGCAGAUAACUUCACCCUGCUCGACGCAAGCAUCUCGGAGCUCCAAACUGCGCUCUCCUCAGGAUGUCUAAGCAGCGUCGACCUAGUGUCCCGCUACCUACGCCGCAUCAGUGUCUACGACGCCAACGGACCAAAGCUCAGCGCCAUCCCGAUUCUCAACCCAAAUGUCUUCGACGAGGCAGCCGCUUCAGACGCCAGGCGCGCAACGGGUCUUCCCCCGCGUCUGCUGGAAGGUAUUCCCUACCUUGUCAAAGAUAACAUCAAGGUAAAGGGGAUGACGGUUGCUAGCGGAUCGCCUGCGUUCGAGAAACUAGUUGCCACAGAGGAUGCGGCGUGCGUGCAGGUCCUGCGGGAAGCUGGCGCGGUGCUUCUGGGACGUACUAAUAUGCCGGCCAUGGCAUAUGGAGGCAUGCAGCGUGGAUGCUACGGGCGUGCCGAGAGUCCCUAUAACAGCGCGUAUCUCGCUGCGGCUUAUGCAUCGGGCUCGUCGAAUGGAUCCGCCGUCGCGACUGCGUCUAAUAUGUGUGCCUUCUCUCUCGGCACCGAGACUGUUUCCUCCGGCCGCUCACCGGCCUCGAACAACGCUGUCGUCGCCUACACGCCCUCAAAGGGCCUGCUUCCACUACGCGGCGUGUGGCCACUAUAUCCGACAUGCGAUGUCUUGGUGCCGCAUACCCGCACCAUGGCAGAUCUGCUUCUCGUCCUCGAUGCCCUGGCUACGUCUGACCCGUCGCCACGCGGCGACUUCUACAAUGAGCAGACUAUCGUCCAUCUGCCUGCAGUCAACACUCUCCGACCACAGUCCUUUUCGACCCUGCAAGACACCAACUCGCUCCGCGGGAAGCGCAUCGGCGUGCCAUCAAUGUAUAUCGGAGGCGAUGAUUCCUCCGUGCAGGCCGUAAGCAGAAUUUUUACCCGACCUUCUAUCAUCAAGCUCUGGCAACAAGCCCGACGAGCCCUGGAAGCAUGCGGUGCGGAGGUUAUCGAGACGGACGAUUUCCCGCUUGUGACAACCUACGAAUCCAAAGCGAUGAACGGCCAGCUCGUCACUGUCGCCGACUUACCCGACGGCUGGCCUGCCACAGAACGAUGCGAGCUGGUCGCACACGCAUGGGACGACUUCCUGGUCACAAACGCACAAACGGGCCUCGAGUCCUUAGCACGCGUUGAUCCAGCAACGAUCUUCCCACCGGCGCCAGGUUCUUUGGCGGGAACGCCCGACGCAGCGAAUGCACUGAAAUGGGACGAGAUGGUGCGGUAUCCGUCUCGCAAGCCUCCUUCCAUUCAUGAAAUCCCUGGUAUUCGGCAGGCCAUUCAAGCCCUCGAGAAUGCGCGCAAGGUGACCCUAGAGCAAUGGAUGGACCGGCUCGGUCUGGAUGCUGUGGUCUUCCCCGCGAAUGGUGAUGUUGGUGCUGCAAAUGCAGACGUGGACGAGUCAGCGUCGCGGUUUGCGUGGAGUAAUGGGGUCAAGUACUCGAAUGGGAAUAGGCCCAUUCGCCAUCUCGGGGUGCCGACCAUUUCUGUGCCGAUGGGUGUCAUGGAGGAUACGGGGAUUCCGGUGAAUCUUACGUUUGCGGGCAAGGCGUACGACGAUAACAGUCUUCUGCGCUAUGGAUUUGCGUUUGAGGCUGCUACAAAGAAUCGUGUUAUGCCGCCUCUAGUGCCGGGGCUGGACUCGGAUUGUUUUGAGAUUGGCGGGAGUCCUCGGGUAUUGCCAGCAAAGAAUCCUCCGGAGCUGGUGGUUGAGUCUCGGGCGAAGAAUAUUCAUGGGUCUGAAGUUGCUGUUCAAGUGCAGGGGUCUUUGAAGCUGGGUGGUGCGCAGUUGAAGAGGCUUUCGUGCUUCGUCAAUGGGAGACCUGUCCAGGUGGCGGUCGAGGGCGAGAGAUGGUCCCUUGGCACCUCUUACCCUGUCUCCGAACGCGAUGCGAGCUGGGAACGCUGGGCAAGUCCUGCGCUGAAGCAGACGAUUGUGACUAUUACGGCGCAUACAGAUGCUGGCCUUGCAACGGGCAAGUUGAUUCUUCUCUAA